AUGGAAGACUUGACACAUCUCUUCAGUAUGCUCGUCCCAUUCGGCGGUCUUGCGGACAUCGAUGUCAAAUCUGGAGAUACUGUCAUUGUCGCCCCGGCGACAGGGAGGUAUGGGAGUGCAGCUGUCCACCUCGCCCUCGCUAUGGGCGCACACGUCAUUGCCAUCGGGCGCAAUGAGCCAGUUCUCGAGCAAAUUGUGUCCAUCAACGCUCGCGUCUCCACUGUCAAACUCACCAAUGUCGUCGAGCAGGACACUCAGAUGCUCCGUAAGGCUUGUCGGGGGUCAGCUGACGCCUUUUGGGACAUGUCUCCAUCUGGCGCAGCCACUUCUUCUCAUUUUACCAGUUGCAUGAACGUUCUCAGGCACGGCGCUAAAGUCAACUUGGAGGGCAGCGUUUUAUCCGGUAUUAACUUUGGCUACAUGGACAUUCUAGGCCGUGGACUUACCAUCAAGGGAACGUGGAUGUGCACUCCGGAGCAGACCGAAAGGCUCAUCAAAAUGGUAGAAACCGGAGUUCUCCCCCUUGGGAGAAAGGCCGGCAUGGGGCCAGUUCAUAAGUUUCGGCUGGAGGAUUGGGAACAAGCGUGGGAUGCCGCAGAGGAGAAAAGAGAACCGGGCGAGAUAGUCAUCAUGCCCUGA